AAAAAAAAUUCCGCAAAGUUCCAAAAAGCAAAACUUAAAUUUGUUGUGUGCCAAGUGCUAUGUUGAAUUCACGUGAAUGGAGGGGAGGAGAUGCAUAGGUUAUGUGCAAAUAUUGCGUUUAUAUAAAGGACUUGUGUAUCUUUAGAUUCUGUUAUCUGCAGGGGGUCCUGGAACAAUCCCCCAUGGAUACCAAGGGAUGCUGUAGUGUAUCUAAACUUUUAUAAAUAUGUGAUUGAACAAACAAAUGGGGAAGAAAUGGCAAAUAUUCCUUGCAGCAGAAUUCCAAAUGGUAUAUGUAGAUGCACCCACUCCAGGAGGUGGAGCUUAUUGCCCCCCCCCCCUCGAGAGUGGGCAAGACAUUUCCAAAGAAAAGAGUAGGGAAAGGGGAGACAGCAAGGAAACCUGGAUCAGACAACGUAACUCGAGUGAUGAAGUGAUGAGUGAUAACCAGUGAUCAGACAUCGAUAUCACACAUGCCCUGACACAAUGUGACAAGAAGGGCACUUCGCUUCUGUGGUGUCUUCCCCCAAAUCCUAUCCCCUGUCUAAAUUAUGCGAAAAACACCAGACAGACUCAGCUUGGUGGACUUCCCACAACACGCGGCCAGUCCUCCUCAAGAUCGUCGAGGCCACAGCAAACAAGGCGAGGCUAAGAAACCGUCGUGGGCUGGAAGACGUGGUGUACGGCUGGCGGCUGGAGCCCAGUGCUCGGUGCCUCUCUGCCAAGAGCAGUUGCCAGAUGUGAAUCCUGUUUGGCUUAGAUUCUAAGUGGAGAUUAAAAAUUUCGUGUCCUCCCUUUGGCUCUGCGGCUCCAGCAAACCUUAUUCUGUCACUGAGAACUCAAGAGAUGUUGGCCUGAUUCGGGAGCGUUCUUUCCGUUUCCCUCGUCAAGUUUUCCUUUGUUUCUUCCCUUUGCCUUCCCAUGUCACCUGACCCUUGCAAAAAGUCGCCAGAAGGGGAAGAGAGAAUGAGCCAGUGUCCUUUGUCAACUCCGGACUUAUCUUCUGCCAACAUAAAUUUGUCCCUCCACAGCCCCAGGCAGUUUCAAGAUUGUGACAUGUGCCCGCCUGUGGUGAAGGAUGUCAACCUCUUUGUGACGGGAACCACUGAAGAAUAUGUUGGUUAUGUGGGAAAAUACCAACCACACCCUUUAGUAUUGGAAAAUGCUAAAGAACUAAAGGAAUGUGUGGAUAGAAAAUUGACGGAAGAGGACAAGCAGAACGUGCUCACUGGGCUGGAUAAAAUAUACUCAAACCAGCUGUGUUAAGGGGCCCUCCUUGCCGGAAGACCCGAGGAAGCCAUCUGCCUGAUCACUAAGUAGUCUCAGCAACCUGCCUUUCCCAGGUGUCUGACUAGAGGAUUCCAGCAAUAAAAACCUUGCAGUUCA